CUUAAAAUUGCAGGGGUUUUCUUGCUCCUGCUUGCAUUAAGAGGGUAGGGGAAGAGGUCUGGAGAGAAGUGUGGGACCUGGGCAUAGCAGCAGUCAGGAGCCAACAGCCAGUCUAGAGCAAGGUGGGUUAAAAUAGCAUCCUCCUGCUCUGCAGUUCCUGAAAUGGGAGACUCUUUCUUCAACCUCUGAGAUUCCCCAGUGCGCCGGCUGCAACCAGCACAUCCUGGAUAAAUUCAUCCUGAAGGUCCUCGACAGGCACUGGCACAGCUCCUGCCUCAAGUGCGUGGAUUGCCAGAUGCAGCUGGUGGACAGGUGCUUCUCCAGAGCCGGGAGUGUCUACUGUAAGGAAGACUUCUUCAAGCGUUUUGGUACGAAAUGCACGGCCUGUCAACAAGGAAUCCCCCCUACCCAGGUGGUCCGGAAAGCCCAGGACUUUGUCUAUCACCUGCACUGCUUUGCCUGUAUCAUCUGCAACCGCCAGCUGGCCACAGGCGAUGAGUUCUACCUCAUGGAAGAUGGGCGCCUGGUGUGCAAGGAGGACUACGAGACAGCCAAGCAGAAUGAUGAUUCAGAAGGUGGAGCCAAGAGGCCACGAACCACCAUCACAGCCAAACAGUUGGAGACGUUAAAAAAUGCCUAUAAAAACUCCCCCAAACCCGCCAGGCACGUGCGGGAGCAGCUGUCCUCGGAGACGGGGCUGGACAUGAGGGUGGUGCAGGUCUGGUUUCAAAACAGGCGGGCCAAAGAAAAACGGCUGAAGAAGGAUGCUGGGCGGCACCGCUGGGGCCAGUUCUACAAGAGCGUGAAGAGGACCCGCGGGGGCAGCAAACACGAGAAGGAGAGCUCUGCGGAGGACUGUGGGGUUAGUGACAGUGAGCUGAGCUUCCGAGAAGAUCAGAUCCUCUCUGAGCUUGGCCACACCAAUAGAAUUUACAGCAAUGUUGGGGAUGUUGCUAGUGGACAGUUAAUGAACGGAAGCUUCUCCAUGGAUGGGACAGGACAAUCUUACCAGGACUUGAGGGAUGGAAGCCCCUAUGGAAUUCCUCAGUCUCCAUCUUCCAUAUCGUCCCUUCCUGCCCAUACUCCAUUGCUCAAUGGUCUGGAUUACACAAUGGACACUAAUUUGGGAAUUAUAGCACAUGGAGGGCAGGGGGUGAGCCAGACACUCAGAGCAAUGGCUGGGGGACCAACCUCUGAUAUUUCUACAGGAAGCAGUGUAGGCUAUCCAGACUUUCCAACAAGUCCUGCUUCUUGGCUUGAUGAAAUGGAUCAUCCUCCUUUUUAAGCAUCUCCUGCUUCCCACCCCAUCCCACUCGUUCUUUUGGCCUGAAAGUGUGCUCAAACUAGCAAAAGAGACAACAAGCGACCUUCAAGAAUCCCAGACAUAUCGUACCGGAAAAUUUCCAUUAUUUUCAAUGGGAAUCCACCACUGGUUCCUGGAGGGCUGUGAAAUGAUAGCGUGGUGUUUUUUUCCCUUUUCACUUGGGGAGUGGGAGGGCAGGAGACACCCUUCUGAACACUGGCAUAAAGGAUUUGAUUCUAGGUUUUCAGGCUCAUAGUAAAACACAAACUCAUUGAUUCUCUCCAGGUCAAAGACUCUUUGCGGUUGAGUGCUUCUGAAGCACAUGUUGGCUGGCUCAGCAGAUCUUGGCUAUUAUGAACUCCAGGUCAGUUGGCGCUCUCUUACUUGGAGCUGAACGAAUUAUAAAUGCCUCCAAAACCCUUGCUCUUAUCAGGAAGUGACUGUGCACGGGCAGUUAAACUGACCUUCCUCAUAGAUAGGAAAUGCAGCGUUUCCAAAGCCAGGCCACGCUUACCAAGCACUAUACCUUUACCAAGGGCAGGGGUCUGACCCGAAAGGGCAGAGUAAAUAAUGACAACCCUGGGGGAGAAAAGUUAUCAAGAUUUUUUUCAGUAUAAAAAUGUGAUUUUCCUCCCAUCCCCACUGAAUAUUAACAUUGGCUAUUU